AUGUCGACGGUGAAGCGUUCACCUUUGAAAGAAACGGAUAGUAACGUAAAAAGCGGGACAAAUGGCAUGGUGAAAAAGAGGAGUGUGGAGCGACUGGAGAUCCAGCAACACCGUAAGAGGCCGCGUGCUGGUGUAGAAGGCAUAGGUCGGGCGCGGACCAUCGAGGGCGCAGUUCAGCAGCAAAACCACCACCAAUACCAGCACCAAAAUCACCAAAAUGGCACACCUGGCCAGGAGACGGGAACCAAGACCGCAGCGGCAAAAGUAACGCCGCAGGAUCUGCUGGAGUGGCAGAACAACUGGAAACGAAUCAUGCGACGCGAUACCAAAAUCUAUUUCGACACCACAGAGGCGUCCCACAAGAACGACAGCAAACGCGAGGUUUUGAAACGCGGGUUUUUGUCGGUGGGGGCGCAAUUGACACCCUUUUUCGACACGGACGUGACCGUGGUGGUGACGCAGCGUGUGCUGCGGGACUACGACCGAUUGCCUGAGACAGACGUGCUGGCGCGAGCCGCCAAGCGGUACAUGAAAAUCUGGAACUACGACAAGGCAACACGGUUUUUGAACAACCUGGAUGUGGAUCUGGAAGCACUGGAAAGCAAGACGCCGUUGGCUCCGUCGACGCUGUCGAACUUGCUGCACAACGAGAAACUGUACGGGCCUGCCGAUCGCGAUCCCAAGGCGCGUCGUGACGACGUGCACUACUUCAAGCAUCCACACGUGUACCUGUAUGACCUAUGGCAAGUGUGGGCGCCGGUAAUAGCGGCAGAAUGGCGGCCGCAGGACGUGGGGGCGCACCCAGCAGUGCGGCCGGGCACGUUUGGACGGUGUCCGUUUGUGGGAGACGGCCAAUGUGACGAGCUGAGUGCGCGUCGGAUUUUGAAGCGGUACAAACGCGACACUGCGAACGAGAAAUAUGCAUUGCAUCUACGGAUGCUAUACCAGCGAAGUGCGGAGCCCCACACGAGCGACACGAGCGAGAUACUACGGCCCCGGCUGUUGAUUUUGCCCCACGACUAUUGCAAUUCCAGCGAGCAAUACCAGCGGCUGGGAAAUGUCAGUGGUGGUACGAAAAGCAUCAAUGUGCAGAAUGUCGACACACCCCAGGAACAGCCCCAGGAACAGCCCCAGGAACAGCCUAAACAUCCUGAUAGCACCUUUAACGAAUCGCGCGGUAAUGUGUCUGUAGACCUUACCACGACCACCACCACGACCACCCACCACCAGCAUCAAAAUCAAAAUCAAAAUCAGCAUCGGGACUCGUACUCGUACUCGUACUCGUACUCGCGAGCAGCGGCUCCAGAAGCGGCUCCGUCCCCAGACUCCGCGCCGCUGCCGUCCAAAGCGAUCUGGCGUCUUCCAAACGCGCCUGCGUUUACGCGUCAGGACACCGAAGACCUGGGCGUGGACGACCUGUGUGGACGCAAGCCGCGGAUCCCGCACGAGAUCCGAGCCAGCGGCGUGGUCCAGUCGAACGAUGGCUCUACCACGCAGGGCGGCAAUGGGCUGGGACCAGCGCGUGCUUCCGUGACGAGUAAAAACAUGAAGAGUCUGACCCGGCUGGUCGUGGACAAAAACGCUCAUAGCAGUGGUGGUGGUGGUGGUAUCACUACUACGACUGCUGGUACUACAACUGCGACUGCUGGUACUACUACUACUACUACUACUACUACUACUACUAAUACUACUACCAAGCCUAGUGCCAAGGCCACCACCUUCACCACGCCCAUUAAGGCUGAACCGCGACCCAGCGUGCAGAAUAAACGCAUCGACGCCAAAACCGGGCCGGGCUACUGUGAGAACUGCCGAGUCAAAUACGAGUGUUUGACUCUGCACGUUGAGACGGAAAAACACCAGCAAUUUGCGCGCGACGAUCUCAACUUCGAGGCGGUCGACUCGUUAAUACAGAAGCUGGCUGCUUCGCGCGCGUUCGCACACGGCUUGUGA